ACUAUUGACAAUAUUGGAGUGUGCGGCGGGCCUCAUAGCUGUAUCUAUGCCAUUCCUGGGGAAGCUUUUCCGGCUCUACCAAGCCCCUAAGAAGAGAGACCACGAACAACUCCAGAUCGCGAGACACACGAUAGGAGGAACACCAUUUGUGCCCAUGGGAACGACCGACAGCUUGUCAUUGGCACUGGUGCCCAGGGGGAAGGGAGAAAGCAGCGCCUUUGUCUCCAGUGAUGGACGAGAUAGCUGUGCGGGUGACCAAGGACCGAGUGACUCACGCAUUAGAUUAGAGACGUCUUUCACAGUCUCACGGACAGCUCCAGGAUUUUUGUGGAAAGAUUCGCGCAGUAGUCAAGAUAGUAUCUUCUCAUAAUGCCGCAAACAUGUUUC